GAUGACACCAGGCCGCCCGCUCGCGUUGGCUGCACUGCCGCCCCGCCCGCGCAGGUCUCCGGUGCGCUCGGCGCCGCCGCUGUCCCCGGGGACGCGCCCCGCCUCCUGCGCUCCGCCCCUCGCCGCGCCGCUCCCCGGUUCCCACGGCGCCCGGCACCGCGGAGCAGCUCGCCUGCCCUCCCCACGAGCAGCCCAGCGGGGCCAGGCCUCGGGAACAUGGCGCUUGUCCCCUGCCAGGUGCUGCGGGUAGCCAUCCUGCUGUCCUAUUGCUCCAUCCUGUGCAACUACAAGGCCAUCGAAAUGCCCUCGCAUCAGACCUACGGGGGCAGCUGGAAGUUCCUGACCUUCAUUGAUCUGGUGAUCCAAGCUGUCUUCUUCGGUAUCUGUGUGCUGACUGACCUCUCUAGUCUCCUGACCAGAGGCGGCGGGAACCAGGAGCAAGAACGACAACUCAGGAAGCUCAUCGCUCUCCGGGACUGGACACUGGCUGUGCUGGUCUUCCCCGUCGGGGCUUUUGUUGUUUCGGUGUUCUGGACCAUCUACGCCUAUGACAGAGAGAUGAUAUACCCAAGAUUGCUUGACAACUUUAUCCCAGGGUGGCUGAACCAUGGAAUGCACACAACGGUUUUGCCCUUUAUAUUGAUCGAGAUGAGAACAUCCUACCAUCAGUAUCCCAGCAGGAGCAGCGGACUCGCCGCCAUAUGCACCUUCUCCGUGGGCUAUAUAUUAUGGGUGUGCUGGAUACAUCAUGUCACCGGCAUGUGGGUGUACCCUUUCCUGGAACAUAUUGGCUCAGGAGCCAGGAUCAUCUUCUUUGGGUCAACAACCAUCCUAAUGAAUUUCCUGUACCUGCUUGGAGAAGUACUAAACAGCUAUAUCUGGGAUACACAGAGAAGUAUAGAAGAAGAAAAAGAUAAGCCUAAGCUGGAAUGAGAUUCAAGUCUGCGAGGAGAAGCUGGGAGGAGCUGCCCUGGAAUUCUCUGGGCCCCGAACACCAUCAUUGUGGAGAGAGAACUUCAAAGGAGACCAUUGCAUCAGCCCUGUCCCGCUGACCCUGAGAGAGGACAACUUUUAUAUACACAUAUGUACAAAAUAGGAUAUGCUGCCGUUGAAAAGAACUCACCCUCAUUGUUGUAAAUACUCUAUCCGAGUUCAUUAUUGAUGACAUUUCCCCUCUUUUCUAGUUUUAAAAUUAAAGUUGGUCAUUGAAUUUUCAUUUCUGCAAUAAUAACUCCACUUUAUCAAGGAAAAAAAAAAACAAGAGUAUUUCUUGUUAAGGAAUAUGAUACAAUUGGAGGGUCAGAUGUGGGUGGAGGCAUUCAUAGUUGGUCUUAAAGAAACGCUGGAGUCAUGACACUAGUGUACGAGGUGGACCCAGGAGGAUUCGGGGGGCAGCGGUUCCUGUGGUGACAGUGUCAGGCUUGCUUCAGAUGAGCAGUGGUAGCAAUAGUAUCUGUUUAGUCAAAACCCUGAGUGUGCUUGGGUCCCUCUGAUGUGUCAAACUCUCCCACAUGCAAACGUGACUGUUAAUAAAAACCAACCAAU